UCAAUCAUUAUUCUCCCCCUCACAACUCUCCGAUCAGUCUCCAAAUUCCAAUUCUCUCUCUCUCUUUUCUGUGUGGGUGCGCACGAGAGCGAGCAACCAUGGCGUCUUCGGAUCUCGAAACCAAGGCGAAGGAGGCCUUCAUCGACGACCACUUCGAGCUGGCCGUGGAUCUCUACACGCAGGCCAUCGCUCUCAACCCUAAUCACGCCGAGCUCUACGCCGACCGUGCCCAGGCCAACCUCAAACUCGAGAAUUUCACUGAGGCUGUUGCUGAUGCAACCAGAGCAAUUGAGUUGGGCCCUUCGGCAAAAGCAUACUUGCGAAAAGGCACUGCAUGCUUCAAGCUUGAGGAAUAUCAGACUGCAAAGGCAGCAUUGGAAGCAGGUGCAUCUUUGGCCCCAGGAGAUUCAAGAUUCACUAAUUUGAUCAAAGAAUGUGAUCAGCACAUUGCAGAGGAAGCUAGUGAUAUACCAAUCCACUCAUUGGAGAAAACAACCCCAACAAAUGUUGUACCUAUGGAAGUUGUUCAACCUGUGGAUGACCUUUCUGAACAGGUGAUCGUAUCAGCCAAACCAAAAUACAGGCAUGAAUUCUACCAGAAGCCAGAGGAAGUGGUUGUGACUAUAUUUGCAAAGGGCAUACCAGCUGAAAAUGUUUCUGUUGAGUUUGGUGAACAAAUACUGAGUGUUAGUAUUAGUGUUCCUGGUGAGGAUGCAUAUCAUUAUCAACCUCGCUUAUUUGGAAAGAUAAUAACUUCCAAGUGCAGAUAUGAUGUUUUAUCUACCAAAGUUGAAAUCCGUCUUGCAAAAGCUGAAUCAGUACACUGGACGUCUCUUGAAUUCAGCAAAGAAAGUAGAGUUCCUCAAAGGGUUAAUGCCUUAGUUACUGGAUCUCAAAGACCUACUUACCCAUCCUCAAAACCAAACAGAGUAGAUUGGGACAAGCUCGAAGCUGAAGUGAAGAAGGAGGAGAAAGAUGAAAAGCUUGAUGGUGAUGCAGCUUUAAACAAAUUUUUCCAAAACAUAUACUCAGAUGCGGAUGAGGACACCAGAAGGGCAAUGAAAAAAUCAUUUGUCGAGUCAAACGGGACAGUGCUCUCCACAAACUGGAAAGAAGUGGGUACAAAGAAGGUGGAGGGAAGUCCUCCCGAUGGUAUGGAGAUGAAGAAAUGGGAGAUCUAAGAGUCUAAAUAUUGUGAUUGAGUGUGUGAUUUUGCUCCAUAAAUGUUUUUUUAGUCCUUUCGUUUUGAAGCUUUGGUUGGUCUGGUUGCUUGUUCUGCAUGAAUGUCUGAAGUAUUAACUGCUGGAAUGCAAGGAAACUCAAGCAUUCCCUUCGCUUUAUUUCGUCUUUUUGGUUGUGUGCUUUCUUGUGCCCAAAAUUGACACUUCAUGUAAUUCCAGUAUCAGAACCCAUUUGCUCUUGAAUCAAAAUGACUUUUGAGAUUCUAGGUUUGCUUAAA